AUGUGCGAUUUGCCGGACCUUUCUUCACUGAAAUCCAGUGUUCGCGCCUCGCCAGCUUCCCGCCGAGCCUACCGAGCAGCACGAUAUGUGAUCCUACAGAAUAUCCUCCACAAUUAUUACGGCGGACUAGUGAUCCUGUCAGAUGCGAUUGCUGCUGUUCGAUCAAGAGGCCUUUCCAUGGAAGACGAUGAAACCAAAGAAGCAGCUAUUGAUCUCUUGGAUAGUCGUCGACAGUUCCAAUUCGUCAGACCGAGAGAUGUGGAUGAGAUCAUCGAGUUACUUCGCUUGCACGAGCUCGCGAACUGGUUCAUCGAGGGCUUGAAGAAGACGAUGGGUUGCGCGAUAGGGAUGCCAGAACGCGAGUGGUCGCCGUUUUUACCCAUACAGGUGUCGGGAGAGGAAAGGAGGCGCUUCUACAGAGGAUUCUAUCGCCUGUAA